CCAUCGCCUGAGUUCUAACUCUAAACUUAUCUUUACUCCAUUUCCCAUCAGCCUCUGCCUUCUGUUCCCAGACCUCACCAGCUGUUCCUCAUUCAAGCAAUUACCUCAAACAUUGGUAAUGAGGCUUCAGGUUGUGCUCAGGUGCGAAGUCUUGUUCUGUUUCAUCCUACAAUUCUGAGCAUUAUCUCCUACAGUCCUGUUUCUGUCUAAGCCUUUCUUCACCCCAGCCUGUCUUUGACCACGGAUCUGCCUCAGCCUGUGACAAACCCUUCCUGGCCUCUGCCAAGCUCACCACGUAUUAUCCAAGCUCCCUAAAUAAAAGACUGCAUAUGGGUCCACCUGACUCUUUGUUACAGUGCGCUAUGCAUUGCAGUUGUGAUUUAGUCGUCAGUGUGCGACUUUGUAGUUCUUUACAAAAUCAAUGGAAACAAGCCCACAAGGACACAGCUGUUUUCUGUCACAUAAAAGAUAAAGCCCAACAAUGUGUACAUUAUCUUAAAUUAUUGUGGCAUGUGGGGGGCUGCACGUAGGACAAUAAACUGUGGAAUAAGGUAUUUCAAAUAUAUAUAUAUAUAUAUGUGUGUGUGUGUGUUAAAUUUGACCACUCUAUACUUGAUCUUUUGUGUUUUCUUUAUUGUUCAAGAUUGGAAAAAAGCUUUUUAUGUUAGGAAAAGUUCGUCAUUUGAUCUUUUACUGUGCCACAAUGUCAUGCAUUUAAAUGAAAAAGAUCUCAAAAUGAGGAUUUUCUACAAAAAGUCAUUAAAUUGCAGGAAUUAGAGGGGAAACUGUCGAAGUAAAACUUUUUACUGUGGAAUGAUAGCCUCAUAUUUUUGUUAACUCUUUGUUGCUUUCAUGCGUUGGGGCAGAAACCUAAUGGGUCGUAAAAUGUAGUGAGGAUAAAGCAACGAGAUCUAACCACUCCUUGAGAGGGAGAAACCAAACAAACUUUUGAGCAAACACAGAUAAAGAGAUAAGAUUUUUUUUUAGCAGAAAUUUGUUUUUUGUGUUAAAAAAACUCAAAAUUUCCAUCGAUUUUUAGUGCGAUAAAGGGUUGCAUUUGGAGGAGGGGAAUGCUCCUAAAAUAGCAGAUUAAGCAGGGACCUAGGAUGGGGGAGGGGGUUUUUGCUAGUCAUAAACCGACCCCCCCACCCCCUCCGCCAUCCCUCAGUUUAGUAUGCAGGGAAAAGUGAUGGCGCAGGAUAUGAUGCGGAUUGCUGCUUUGAUGUGGCAGGUCAGCGUAUUUUCGUCUCCUCCUUUGAUUCUGACUCAGACGCUGGGCUUUUGUUUUGCUCCGAGCUGCAGGCUUGAGCUGCUCGCUUCUUCCUGCACGACUCCAGAUAAAGCAAAUCCUUCCUCUCAAAACGACUUGUCUAUUAUUAAAAGCUUUUAAAUGGAGCAGUGUGCUGGCUGCCUACCAAGCCCACUGCCUUGUUGCCAGGGAAACAUAUCCCUACGGUCUGGGCUCACUCUCUCUUUGUGUCUAAUUCUAUUCCUCCCCGGAGGCUCAUAUUUCAGAGUGUCAGCAACGGCGCUCGCUUGCUCACACUGCUGCCUUUCAACUAAAAGCUUUUUGUGCUGCCAUUGGAGCAGAAUGGAGGGCAGGAGGGAGUGGUUAGAGGAGAGGGGAGGGAGGAGAAAGGGUCUCUCUCUCCCCGUUGCCGAGGCAACUUGAUGUCACGAUGACAUCACACGGCAUUAAAAGCUUUUAACUGGAUUCCUCUCCUGCCUUAGGUCCCAUUUUGAGUUCUCUUUCAGCGUGGCUGGGGGGGGGAAGGGCACAAACAGGCAGCCGGGCGGGGAAUCUGGUCUGGGCUUGCUCGCAUGUCUCCCUCCCUCAGAGCGGUCCCACAACGGCUCUUAGCGCGGUAAAAAGGCUUUUAAAGCAACCUCUAAAGAUCCUGCACACACAGCACGGGCCAGAGCUCUAAAAACAUGGCAGCAGAUGAUGGUUUCUGCUACCUGAUACCAGGCCACAGUGAGAAACACAGACGGGCCCCAAACUGGACCGACGCCGAAAUGAAAGCCCUCAUGUAUGUUUGGGAGGAAUACCACAACGAUCUGAAACUGAGCAAGAGGAACGCCAAGGUUUACGAGAAGAUGUCCCAGAGGUUCUUCCAGCUGACCGGAGAGCAGAGGUUCAAGGAAGAGAUCAAAAUGAAAAUCACCAACAUGUCCUUCCAGUACAGGCGACUCAAAGCCACAACCGGCGAAUCUGGCGAGACGCCGGACUGGCCCUUCUACAAGCCCAUCGAGAAGAUUCUCUCCAAGCCUCCAACCAUGGAGACCUCUCCGGAGUUUCAGGUCUCCACGGCAGGUCCUUCCACGUCCUGCCAGUCCACAGACAAUCUGUUCUCCCAGCAGGAAGAAGGCGCGGUGGGUUUCCUGCCAGAGUACACGGGCUCCUCGGAUGAAAUGGAGAUAAAGCAAGAGAUGGACUCCUUAAACUCUGACAGUGAGCACACACAGGGCUCCAGCUCCCAUCCCAUGUCAUCCAGAAGGCAUGCAAGCAAGCGGCUGUCCCUAAAGAAAAAGAAGGUACAGGUCAUGCAGGCCAUGCUGCAGCAGCAGAGGAGGUCCUGCCGGGCCAUCGAGGAGACGUGCAGAGAGGUCCGUCGUGCCAUCCACCAACAGAACCUCCUGCAGGUCCAGUGUCUGCAGCUGCAGGAGCGCAUGAUGAACCUCCUUGAGAAGAUGAUCCAGCCUUUGCCUGCCAGCUCUCCUGCAUGUGGUCACAAUGGAGCGAAAGAUUCUGGAAAACCUUAAAGUGCUGGGACAUAUAGGAAUGACAUGUAAGGAAUUAGUCAAUUAAUGAAUUUUUUUUUUAACUUAAACUUUUUAUUACUUUUUUGGAAUAGAUAAAACUCAGUUCACUUAGUAUAGAUAUGCAUUAAAAAUGCUUUUUUAAGUUUUAGAGGAUGCCAGUAGAUUACUAUAGAAUUGUUAGUUUAACCUCUGUAAAUUAGCGGAUUGAUGUUCCACCUUCUACAAGUCAGAUUCUACCGCAAGAUCACAAGUAUCCUAUGAGACGCAGACAGAGCAACAGCCGCACUUGAUCUUGUCUAACCGUUCUUCAUCGUGCAUGGAUAAUCACAUGUUAUUGAGGCGUAGUGGAAAAAAAAACAACCAAUUUUCUGCAUAAUGAACCAGGAAUUUAGGUAGCAAUUCUGCUGUCACUGAUCUCGCUGGUAAGAAUGUGUCAAAGGGAGACCGAAGCUGGUGAUCACCUGAAUGAGCUUAAAUAUAGCUUUUUUUUCUUGUAUGACCUUAUUUAUAUCAAUUAAAAAUGUUUAAAAAAUCUGUUGCAGGUUUUGAUGAGACUAAGUGACUGCAAUGAGUGCAUAAUGUUACUGCUACUAAAGAAAAGUAACACAAUCAUGAGACAACAGUUGAUUAAGACUCACAUAAAGAAGUUUUGUAUUCUGUGCAACAUAAUUCUGGAUAAAUUUGAUAUGUUUAUACGUAGGUAGUUGCAUUUCUGAAGGAAGCACAUGAUAUAUAUAUAUAUAUAUAUAUAUAUAUAUAUAAACCAAUCAAUGCACUAUAUAGCAGGAUUUCUACAGAGAAAUCAUUCACGCAGAACACUGAAGGACCUGCAUAUCAAUAAACCUGAUGUCAUGUGACUGUGUCAACUAAAAUAGAUCCCUCCUUCUUGAGAACUGUAAACCUGGCUGCAGGUGUGGUGAAACCAAACAGCCGUUACGGCCCUUUGACCAUUCGGGUUAUUGUUUACACUAGGCGCGUUGCUUCAGUGUGGCGGAAAAGUCAAAUGUGGCUGUGAGGUUAUUAAUUAACACCUUGAUAGAGUCUUUUUUGGAUUUAAAAAAUAUGGAAAUUACUUGCAUUUUUCAUAAUAUUCUUGAGCAAAAAGUAGUCCAUUUAAGUGUACUACAAGUAGGCUAUACUAAAAGGUAUAUUGAAGUUUAUGUCAGAUUUUUGUGUGCAGAGCAGCACUGUAAAUCUAUUGGAGGUCAGUAAGCACAAACAGAAUUAAGGUGCACCAGAUUAUAAAGCGGAUUAUCUAUUUUUGAACAAAUUCAACAAAGUCCCACUCAAAUCAUCUUUUGAUCUAUUGUAAAAUCGCAAUGAUGAUGAUGCUGUUUUGGGGUAAAAUAAAAAAAACCUGUGUUGUUUUCUAGGACAUAGUUUCUGUAGUAAAAAUUCACCUCUGCAAUGUAGGUGGGACUGUUCAUGCAGAGUGAGCCCCCCUUCAUUUGCCAUCAUCCAUCUGUUUACGUGCUUUCCUGCUAGCUUACAGCCCCUCACAAUCCCAAGCUAACAUUAGCAGUGCAACAAAAGUGGCGACCAAUUUGGAGCUAUCCAGCCGUAAAGUUUGAGCCAUAUGACAGCUCAGAUGAGGAAGACAAAGACCUACAUGGAUCUAGCUGAUUACAAGUAGAUUAAUCAGAAUGGAGCAGAACAGGAAGCUUGUGACCUUCAAAAUGUAGUUUUAUCUAACAACUACAACCCAUGUGGCAUUUUUUAUAUUUUAUGAUAGUCAAAUAAUAAUAUAUUUCAGACACUUUUAUUAAAUGCUCAGCUUGAGGCCCCAGAUGUUGGGGGGCCCCAGGCGAUUCAGUCUUUAAAAUGAAUCUGGAAGUGACAGUUUCUCGUUGAUUCACCUUUCAUGCUCUCCAAGUAUUUCAAGCUCGGUGUGGCAUGCAGAAGCAGCAGGAAUCACAAAAUUAAUCUAGUUUUGUUCUUGUUGUUGCUCCUUCGUCUUUCAUCUGUCUUUGCCAAGGCCUUUUUUCAAAGCGCUCAGUUCCCUGUGAGUUCCAAUUGGAAGAUGCGUUUGCAUGUCAGGAAUUCACUGAUUAUGACCUACUUCAUCUCUGUAGGACUCUAUUUCCAUGACUCUGCAGACUAUGGGUGUGUCAGCGUUUCUUUGUUUCUUCAAACCUCUGGAUUUACAGAUGUUGUGUACUUCAGCAUCAGUUAAAUAAAGACAGAAG